AUGAGCACAUGGGUGGGCGUCAUUGCGGUGGCGACGAGCACAAGCCACAUGCAAAUCGUGGUCGGACGCCAAUCGACCCUCGCCGUCACGCUCCUCCACAAUCAUGAUUCAUACAUCACCUACCAAAAUACAAAAUCCAGCAUCUCCAAUUUGCUCAACAAAUUAACCUUGAAGUGCUUCUCUCUGAUACACCUCUUGUCUACUGACAUCCAGAGCUGCAGCACAGACACAAUUGGUGCUAUGCCUCCACUUGCUUCAAUUGUUAGUACAAGUUCCAGAAUGAUUAAUCUGAACAGAUUUUCAUCAGCACGUAGUCAUUUACUCUAGGCCCUAAUAGUAACCUCCUAGAAUUC